GACACCGUCAACGUGGCCAAAGCCCCGGAGCCCAGUCAGCCAGAAAGCCACGGCCCGAGUUCACCACCUCAUGACUUCAGCACCGACGAACCCGUUGGAGAUUCCGCCCUACCAGUUGCAGUCGUUGAUUGCGAGCGUCGCUGAGCAGCAUGGAGCUCAAGUUCGCUGCGUUCAAGCCUUGGGCCCCGAAAUAUAUGCGGGAUGCUCCAAUGGAGAGCUCUUGCGCUUCGCACUAGAAAAGGGCGACCAGACAAAGUCCCAGGCAUAUACUUUGCUUUCAAGGCAGAAUCUUCCUGGACCCGCGGCAAGACCUAUUGACGACAUUGUGCUAGUGGGAAGCAUCGCUCGUGCCCUCAUAUUGUCAGGUAACCAGGUUCACUUCUAUACCCUGCCUUCGCUGGACCCCGUCCAAACUAUCAGCCCUCUUCGGAAUGUGGUCACAUUCACCGUCGAUGAGCAACAUCUUCGACGGCCACCACUCAACACCUCCAGCCCUGCGAAUGUGGAGCCAGUCGAUCUCUGCAUCAUAAAACGGACAAGUAUUACCCUUUACCAGCUCAGAGAACGGCUACUUUACCAGAAGGAUAUUCCUCUCCCGCAGGGCGCCACUGUUGCGCGACGCAUAGGUCGCCACCUCUGCGUUGCGGACAAGGAAUUCUAUAACAUGAUCAACCUUGAGGAAGCAUCGUUAUUCCCGUUCAUGCCCAUCUCGCAAGCACCUGACUCCGGUCCCAUCAAACCUCUGAUAACUGUCAUCGGCGAGAACGAAUUCUUGGUAGUUUCUUGGACGGGAGCCAGCGCAAUGGGCGUGUUCAUCACCGGCGAUGGUGAUCCACUGCGGGGCACCUUGACGUGGCCCAGUCAUCCGGAAGCGAUCUCGCUCGAUUACCCGUAUAUCGUCGCCCUCCUCCCGAAUCAGACUAUCGAGAUUCACAACAUCGAGACGCAGGGAAUCGUGCAAGUGAUCUCCCCUCCCGCUUCCGCCUCUCCUCAGCAGACUAUGACGACCCUGUCUACCUCUGCCGGGAGGUACCUUGUGCCCUCACGCGAUCGCACGACAAAGAUGCGAAUGACGAAUGUAAAGCUGAUUAGGGAGCCGAUACCCCUUCCCGCCAAGCCGAAAGAGACCGGUUUACCGGAGGUUACGCCGGUGUAAUGGUGAUCUCCUCAAUCCCAUGUUUAAGAUCGUUCCAUGUCUUGAAGCUACGAGGCCCAUCUCGAGGUUCAUCUACAGGGAGUUUUCUAAACUAUCCGAUAGUAGUCCAAACAUGAUUAAUACAUUAAUACACAGAAAAUA